AUGUCUCAUCACACCGAGAUAUGCUUUCAUCAUGGGGAUUUAGAGCCUGAUGAUGAUCCGAUGAACUUCACGGAAGAGGACGUGAAACGAAUCAAGCGACGGCAACAGAAUCGAGAGAACAUUCAAGAGUUGGACUACGAGGGAAAAGAGCAACAAAAACAACGAGGACUCUUCUCAUUGUGCAGCUGUUUCCCAAAGGGACAAAUCGCCAUCCGGGCCGUGGUGAAAUGGCUUCGACCACAUGAUAUUAUCCAAGAUCCAUGUUUUCUCGUUGAUGGUGAGAGUCGUUUCGAUGUUUGUCAAGGACAACUCGGUGAUUGUUGGCUACUAGCCGCAAUCGCGAAUUUGACACUUCGUGACGAACUUUUCUUCCGCGUUGUCCCACCCGAUCAGAGUUUUACCGAGAAUUACGCGGGGAUUUUCCAUUUCCGUUUUUGGCGCUACGGGAAAUGGGUCGAUGUGGUCAUCGACGAUCGUCUUCCAACGAUCAACGGGAAAUUGAUUUACAUGCGAUCGGCGUCAAAAAACGAAUUCUGGAGUGCUCUUGUUGAGAUAGCU